CUAUACUAUAGCAAGCCCCUUGGAGCACAAAAAUUGAAAUGGAUUGCCAAAUAAUAACAUUUAACAAGCCAAAACUCAAUGGUUGGAGAUGCUCUUACUACUCCGUAAUUUGGGAGUGAGUGAGGCUAUUUGAUAGGGUCUGGCGUUGGUUUAGACAUAAAUAGUAAAAGAAAAAGAAAACCAAGUCAGAGAAUGGCAGACAUCGGCCGCAUCUUUCCUCUCCGUUCAUCUUCCUUCCCAAAACUACCACUGUGAUAUCUUCUUCUACGCUCUCCUUCACAUUAUCACUUUGAUUCAUGAGAUUCCACUCUGCUUCUUGCUUCUAUAAUCUUAUCUUUAUUGUUAUUACUCUGCGUGUUUUUCUUUUUUACAAAUGAUAUUUUUUUCUCGCCAUUAUGAUCGAUCUAGUCUCACAUUCUCUGGACUUUGAUCAGAUCUGAUUGAUUUGAUAGUUUAUUUGCUGAUUGCGUGCGAUUCAAUUGUUCCGGAUCUAUAGAUCCGAUUCUCGAUCUGUUUUCUUAAUCAUAGCGUUUGUUAUGUGAUGAGUUAUCUUCUUUCAGUUCAUGAUGAACAGAUCGGACCCUGGAAUUCGUCCAUGUUGAUUCUUGCAUCUGCUAACUCUUUUUAUUCCAAUUGUUUGUGAAUUUCGAAUUGGAUUUCAAUGAUAAAUCGUACUUCAUACCGCCCCUGUUUUCUGCAUCUAAUAUCUAAUGCGUUUAGUUUGAGAGAAGGUCCAAGAUUUACGCGUGGAUGGACCAUAGGUGCGUGGAGUCUCCACUCUGUUGGGAGUACUUUGAUAUACCUAAAGUCCACCAAAAUUUUGUGAUGCUUAUUACAUCAAAAUUAGUAUUUUUAAUAUUUUUUAAAAUAAAAACAAAAUGCUUAUCUUAAUGUUAUGCAAAUGCUUAUUAGCCUCGUUUGUUGGUGUUUACCUUAAGUCUAUGAAUAUGCCUAGUGCUUUCGUGUUUCUCUCUUUCUAUGUGCAGGUGUAAGUGUAUCUGGACUUGCUCUCUCAUGUAUUCCGUAUGGGUAAUUAGAAUACAAAGGAUCACCGAAGAGAGAUCAAAUUUCAUAAAUGACUCUUAUUUUGUGUGAGUUUGCCAGGUGAGUGAUUUUGUCCCCACUUUUUUGAAUGGAUUUAGCUAUUUGUACCCCAAGAUUUCUGCCGCAGGUGUACAUCUUCAUUUUGUGGUAAUGUGAUGCUAGGGUGAUGGUUUAAAUUGGUACAAAAUGUUGCGCAAACUUUUAUUAUCGUACUAGUAUUUUGUGCCAUCGUGAACUAUCGAAAUGUUAGUGAAUAUCUUUAGUGUCACUUUGAGGCAAGGUACGUUUUUUUUGAUGUAAUUGUAGCAUGUUUGUUUUUUUAAUUUACUUAUUUACUUGUCUAUAAUGCUAAGGUUUUAUUUUGCAUUCAACAGACAAGUGAAAAAUGCCAAGGCUGCGAGAUAUGCAAUGCUUUCACUUGGCGUCUAACAAAAUUUCCAGGUAUUAAUUCAUUUUUUUACCAAAUCAUUUACUCCGUAUAAAACUUCUCCUAACUUUUUGUCAAUAUUUUCAAGUGACUAGUCUCUUAUUUAGAUAUUUUUACAAAAAAUACUGCAACAAAAAAUUUAUAAGGCAAAAACUAUUUAUAAAUAUCCUUGGUUUGCAUGACAUUGAGAACCAAUGUCAAGGGAUGACCCGGCGCCGCUCCAGUGCCCGUUCGUAAAAUUAACGGUUCCUACCCCCGUAAACUAUCCCACCCUGACCCGAACACACCCCCCACUUCUUCAAUUGCACCCCACAAGUUGAUUUUGACUUUAGAGUCAAAAUUUGACUUCAAAGUCAAAAUCAACUUGUGUGGUGCAAUUGAAGGGGGUGUGUUCGGGUAGGUGCCGGGGUGGGGGAUUUACCGGGGGUUAAGGGGUAGGAACCGUCAAUUUUACGAACAGGAUACCAGAGCGGCCCCGGGUCAUCCCAUGACAUUAGUUCGCAAUGUCAUGUGCCCAAAUAAAUAAUAAGUCAAGAAGUACUUACACAAAAACAUUGAUUUAGAAAAGAUCUCAACAGUGUAUAAAAGAGUAAAAUAGAUUUUUCCGUAACCUUAGUAUUGGUGAAUUUACAAUGAUAAAGUAUCCAAUGCAACAACGAAAAGGACAAGUAUAAUAUUAGGAGCCUCUUAUUUUUACCACAAAAAAAUACAACAUUUUUACAAAAAUACAAUGUGAAUAUCUAUGGUAUUCUAUUUUUAAAAUUGAUUGUUUUUACCCCCCGUUCCUAAAAGUAAUGUUCUAACAUUUAAAAAUGCUAGAAUUAGAACAGGUAACUCUAGCAUCACCCUCCGAAUCAACUGCCACAAUCUCUAUGUGUGUGGUUUUUUGGUUAGCACCCCUCAAGGGGAACAUUGGUAUGUGUUUAGAGAUUCUGAAGUUGGAGAUAUAGGUCCUCGAACCUAUAUGGAUAAAGCGAUAGCUAUACAGAACUUGUUCCUAAGACAAAGCAGCAUCGUAAUGCGCCUACACCUACAAGAGAGAGUAUUCCGUUGGGUAGGGAUGCAAUGAUCGGAGCGGUAGAUUCAAUUGCGUCUCCAUGGCAUGUUGAUGAUAAUGGGAUUGCGAUCAUAUCCCAAUCAAAAGCCAAAAGUGCGGUCGUGCUCAUUCAGAUGAUAUCAGAGGCGAUUCGUUUUCAUACUGUGCUCGAUACUUUGGCAGGGCUUGAUGUUUUCUACCCAACCUUCACCGCCAAAUUUGGGUUGAUCAGAACAGAUGGUCCCAAAUUGGGAAAGAUAUAUUUAAAAAUCUAAGGGCAUUACAUGGGAUUGAAGAAGACGUACCUAAAGAUAAAGAAGGAUUGGAAGCACUUGAAGAACUCAUGAAUAAUCAUGAACUUGUUUCUGUGAUUAUGAGGCUUGCGGCAUAUCACUGUACAAGUUGGAGUUUGGGACUUUAUUUUUGCUUUGCAUACUAUGCGUUCUUCUUUGGAGCUUUUUCAUUUUUCUUUUAAUGAUGUUUUCUUCCUUGCCUCCCUUUAAUCAAUCACUAUCUUCUUUUUUAAUUUGUUGUACUAUAAUUUAUUUUGUUUUUUGAUUUACUUUGCUUGAAUUGCAGCGAGAAAGAUUAAUCUUCUGGGCAUGCAUCUAGCUCUUCAUCUUCUAGGAAGAGCAAAGAGGUUCUAAAAGAGAAGGACGAGUCAUGUGGCUUAAAGGAGUGGAAGAGUAAAAGCUCUGGACAAUCCAAGUCUCCGUUUUCAAGGAAUGUGGGGGGCAAGAUGGGUAGUAGAGGUAGGCAAUCUAGGCUUGGAAGUUUCUUUGCAUCUUUUUUUUGUUUUAGAUGAAGCAGGCUAGGAAUGUGUACAAACACUAACUAUAUGAUCUGUUUGACUUUUAUUAAUUAUGUAUUUUCUACAAGUGUGUAUUAACUUAAAGGAGCUGAGUUUCUAUUGGCUUCAUCUAUUGAAUUGAAUGAGAGGAUCAUCAUUAUCAUGUUCACCUUACAUCACACCAUUAUAUGACAAGAUCCCAUCAAAGGGGCUCAAAAUGGUGGAAAACUUAAUGAUUUUGCAAAUGAUUAUUUUUGAAAAGAAAUUAUGUAUCAAUUU